AUGGGAGCCAUGGCUUACCCCUUACUCUUCUGCCUCCUGCUCGCUCAUCUGGGAUUGGGAGCUGUCGGCGCCAGCCGCGACCCUCCGGGACGGCCGGAUUCCCCUCGAGAGAGGACCCUGCGGGGGAAGCAGCAUGCCCAGCAGCCGGCUCGAGCCUCUGCCUCGGACCCCUCGGCUCCCUGGAGCCGCUCCACCGACGGCACCAUCUUGGCGCAGAAACUCGCCGAGGAGGUGCCCAUGGACGUGGCCUCUUACCUCUACACUGGGGACUCCCAUCAGCUGAAGCGAGCCAACUGCUCCGGCCGCUACGAGUUGGCUGGCCUGCCGGGGAAGUCGCCAGCCCUAGCCAGCUCCCAUCCUUCCUUGCACGGGGCUCUGGAGACGCUGACACACGCCACCAACUUCCUCAACAUGAUGCUGCAGAGCAAUAAGUCGCGGGAGCAGAACUUGCAGGAUGACCUGGACUGGUACCAGGCGCUGGUGCGGAGCCUCCUGGAGGGCGAGCCCAGUAUCUCCCGUGCGGCCAUCACCUUCAGCACCGAGUCGCUGUCCGCGCCGGCCCCGCAGGUUUUCCUCCAGGCCACGCGCGAGGAGAGUCGCAUCCUGAUCCAGGACCUGUCCUCCUCCGCGCACCACCUGGCCAACGCCACGCUGGAGACCGAGUGGUUCCACGGCCUCCGGCGCAAGUGGAGGCCCCACUUACACCGCCGAGGUUCCAAUCAGGGGCCCCGGAGCCUGGGCUAUAGCUGGCGGCGCAGGGACGGGCUCGGCGGGGACAAGAGCCACGUCAAGUGGUCUCCGCCUUAUCUGGAGUGCGAGAACGGGAGUUACAAGCCGGGGUGGCUGGUUACUCUUUCCGCUGCCUUCUACGGGUUGCAGCCUAACCUAGUCCCGGAAUUCAGGGGUGUCAUGAAAGUCGACAUAAAUAUUCAGAAAAUGGACAUUGACCAAUGUUCAAGUGAUGGCUGGUUUUCAGGAACUCACAAAUGCCACCUUAACAUUUCAGAGUGUAUGCCAAUUAAAGGCCUAGGAUUCGUACUUGGAGCUUAUCAGUGCAUUUGUAAAGCAGGAUUCUAUCGUCCUCGAGUCUUGUCAUUGAACAACUUUCAGAGACGGGAUCCAGAUCACCAUAUUUCAGGAAGUGCAAAAGAUGUGUCAGAAGAAGCCCAUGUCUGCCUCCCCUGCAGGGAGGGCUGCCCCUACUGUGCUGAUGACAGCCCGUGCUUUGUCCAGGAAGAUAAGUACUUGAGACUAGCUAUCAUCUCCUUCCAAGUCCUGUGUAUGCUGCUGGACUUCAUUAGCAUGCUGAUGGUCUACCACUUUCGCAAAGCAAAGAGCAUCAGGGCAUCAGGCCUUAUCCUGUUGGAAACGAUCCUUUUUGGGUCUCUGCUCCUAUACUUUCCGGUUGUUAUUUUGUAUUUUGAGCCAAGCACAUUUCGCUGUAUUCUCCUGAGAUGGGUCCGUCUCCUCGGUUUUGCUACUGUUUACGGAACUGUCACUCUCAAGCUUCACAGGGUUUUGAAGGUGUUUCUUUCACGAACAGCCCAACGAAUUCCAUAUAUGACUGGUGGACGGGUCAUGAGGAUGCUGGCAGUAAUACUCUUGGUAGUGUUUUGGUUUCUCGUUGGCUGGACUUCAUCUGUGUGCCAGAGUUUGGAGAGGCAGACUUCACUUAUUGGCCAGGGGCAAACAUCUGAUCACCUCAUCUUUAAUAUGUGCCUCAUUGACCGCUGGGAUUACAUGACAGCAGUUGCUGAAUUUUUAUUCCUCUUGUGGGGUGUUUAUCUCUGCUAUGCAGUGCGGACAGUCCCAUCGGCAUUUCAUGAGCCACGCUAUAUGGCUGUUGCAGUUCACAAUGAGCUCAUUAUCUCUGCUAUAUUCCAUACAAUUAGGUUUGUUCUUGCCUCAAGACUUCAGUCUGAUUGGAUGUUGAUGCUGUAUUUUGCACAUACUCAUUUGACUGUGACAGUCACCAUCGGGUUGCUUUUAAUUCCAAAGUUUUCACAUUCAAGCAAUAACCCACGAGAUGAUAUUGCUACAGAAGCAUAUGAAGAUGAGCUAGACAUGGGUAGAUCUGGAUCCUACCUGAACAGCAGUAUUAAUUCAGCCUGGAGUGAGCACAGCUUGGAUCCAGAGGACAUCCGGGAUGAGCUGAAGAAACUUUAUGCCCAACUGGAAAUAUAUAAAAGGAAGAAGAUGAUCACAAAUAAUCCCCACCUCCAGAAAAAGCGGUGCUCAAAGAAAGGCUUGGGCCGUUCCAUCAUGAGGCGCAUUACUGAAAUCCCGGAGACGGUCAGCAGGCAGUGUUCCAAAGAGGACAAGGAAAUGGCAGACCAUGGCACGGCCAGAGGCACGGCCCUCGUCAGGAAGAACACACCGGAGUCUUCAGGCAACACUGGGAGACCCAAGGAGGAAUCCCUGAAAAACCGAAUCUUCUCACUCAAGAAAUCCCACAGCACUUAUGACCAUGUGAGAGACCAAAUGGAACAGUCCAGGAGCCUACCAAUGGAAAACCAAGAAGAGGAGGCUACAGAAAAUUCCACACUGGAAUCCCUGUCGGGUAAAAAACUAACACAAAAACUCAAAGAAGACAGCGAGCCUGAGUCCACGGAGUCAGUGCCUUUGGUGUGUAAGUCAGCGAGCGCUCACAACCUCAGCUCAGAGAAGAAGCCUGGGCACCCACGAACAUCUAUGUUACAAAAGUCUCUCAGUGUCAUAGCAAGUGCCAAGGAGAAGACACUUGGAUUAGCUGGGAAAACCCAAACAUCAGGCACAGAGGAACGUGCUAAAUCCCAGAAACCUCUACCAAAAGACAAAGAGGCAAACAGAAAAUACUCAAAUUCAGAUAACACAGAGACUACAGAUUCUGGCCCCCAAAACUCCAAUCAUUUGGAGGAGCCAAGAAAGCCUCAGAAACCUGGGAUUAUGAAGCAACAAAGGGUCAACGCCCCCACUGCCAAUUCUGACCUGAGCCCCAGUACCACCCAGAAGAAGGAUAACUUUGACAUUGGGGAAGUGUGCCCUUGGGAAAUUUAUGACCUUACUCCUGAUCCUGUGCCUUCAGAAUCAAAGGUUCAAAAACAUGUAUCUAUUGCUGCUUCUGAAAUGGAGAAAAACCCAACUUUUUCCUUAAAGGAGAAACCUCACUACAAGCCUAAGGCAGCUGAAGUAUGUCAGCAAUCCAAUCAGAAGAGCAUAAAUAAGGCUGAAGUAUGCCCUUGGGAGAGCCAAGGACAGUCUGUUUUUGAAGAUGAGAAGCAUUUGAUUUCCAAAAAUCCAAUUCUCCCAGGGAGAGCUAAAGAUGAGAAUGGAAGUCAGCAUCCUGCAGCCAAUGUGUAUGCUGGGCAAUAUGAAGAACUGCCCCCCAAAGUUGUAGCAUCAAAAGCAGAGAAUGAAAAUCUCAACCAAAUAGGAGAACAGGAAAAAAAGACAUCUUUCUCUGAGGAAAAUGUAGCUGGCUCCCAUAACUCAAGUAGUAACUUCCAGCAGCCACUGACAUCACGAGCCGAGGUGUGUCCUUGGGAGUCUGAGAUCCCAGAUCCACCAAAUGCUGAAAGAAGUGUAGCUUUACCUUCCUCUUCUGCUUUCAGUGCAAAUAAGAUAGGAGGGCCUCGAAAAUAA